UCGGUGCCGGGGGGGUGGGGGGGUGGGCGGGGGCGUCCCGGCCGCGACGCGACCAUGACUCUGGAGUCCAUGAUGGCCUGUUGCCUGAGCGACGAGGUGAAGGAGUCGAAGCGCAUCAACGCCGAGAUCGAGAAGCAGCUGCGGAGGGACAAGCGCGACGCGCGCCGCGAGCUGAAGCUGCUGCUGCUGGGCACUGGGGAGAGUGGGAAAAGCACGUUCAUUAAGCAAAUGCGUAUAAUUCAUGGCUCAGGCUACUCUGAAGAGGACAAAAAAGGCUUCACCAAGCUGGUGUACCAAAACAUCUUCACUGCCAUGCAGUCUAUGAUAAGAGCCAUGGAAACCCUGAAGAUUCUGUACAAAUAUGAACAGAACAAGGCCAAUGCAGUGCUGAUCCGAGAAGUGGAUGUAGAAAAGGUCAUGACAUUUGAGCAGCCAUAUGUAAGUGCAAUUAAAACAUUGUGGAAUGACCCUGGAAUACAAGAGUGUUAUGACAGGAGAAGAGAAUAUCAACUUUCUGACUCAGCUAAAUACUAUCUCAGCGAUGUGGAUCGUAUUGCCACCCCAGGAUAUCUACCAACUCAGCAAGAUGUGCUACGGGUUAGAGUCCCUACAACCGGGAUCAUAGAGUACCCCUUUGACCUAGAGAAUAUUAUCUUCAGAAUGGUGGAUGUUGGAGGUCAAAGAUCAGAACGAAGGAAGUGGAUCCAUUGCUUUGAAAAUGUGACUUCCAUCAUGUUUUUAGUAGCACUUAGUGAAUAUGACCAAGUUCUGGUGGAAUCAGAUAACGAGAACCGGAUGGAAGAGAGUAAAGCUCUCUUUCGAACCAUUAUCACUUAUCCAUGGUUCCAAAACUCUUCUGUUAUCCUCUUUCUCAACAAGAAAGAUUUGUUGGAAGACAAGAUCCUGUAUUCCCACCUUGUUGACUAUUUCCCAGAGUUUGAUGGCCCACAGAGGGAUGCACAGGCAGCCCGUGAGUUCAUCCUCAAGAUGUUUGUGGAUUUAAAUCCCGACAGUGAUAAAAUCAUCUAUUCCCAUUUCACAUGUGCCACAGACACAGAAAACAUCCGUUUCGUCUUUGCAGCUGUCAAGGACACCAUCCUACAGCUCAACCUGAAGGAGUACAACCUGGUUUGACCUGUUCUGCUCUGGCCCCUUGAGAGGCUUCUUUGUGAAGAAAAGACAAAAAAAUGAAAUUUUAAAUAUGACAGGAAAAAAAAAAAGUUUUAAUUUUUGAUGAUGUAAUGAUUGCAAAUUGUCUGAUCUGUGGAGUGGCAAGUGCUCGGUGUUAUCCUGGAGUCUCAUGUCUCUGUCCACAGAGUAGUUGAUUUCAUAUUUUUAACAAAUUGCUUUUAUGUCACAGUUAACGGGGAUAUGCCUCAUUUCUUCAGCACCUUGCUUACUUCUUAAUUUUUGCCAAGCAGCUAAGGCAGCCUCAUCUUGAUCUUUCCUUUGUUGCUAAGCCACUUUUUUUUCCCCCGCCCUUUCAUUCCCGUGGUAUAUGUAGAGAAAAACAAAAAUCCCCAACACUUUCCAGCUGAGAUUGUGAAUUCACUGGACUGUGGGAGUGCAGAAUGCUACUGGUCCCUUUGCCUUGUGCUAUAGGGUGCCUCUGGUAUAAUUUGCUAAUCCUGCUUCCUUCCCCUCCUUCUUUCCCUUCCCCAGGACACGCUCCAUGGUUCACUGUGAUGAAAUGUUGGGGAGGAGCGAUUGCUCUCCAACUUUUGUGCAAAAAAAAAAAAAAAAAAAAAAAAANAAAAAAAAAAAAGAAAAAGGCAAAACAAACAAACAAAACAACAAAAAAAAAGCCAUCACUUUUCCAUUCUUUAUAUGUUCUGAGUAAUUUUUUGUUAUCAAUUAUAAAAGGUAUGGAGACUGUGAUUUUUUUUUUAAAUUAUUGAUGUUCUAUACAUAGUUUGCUAUGUGUUGCUGUAUUUUGUUCAUGGACUACAAAUGAUGGAAGCUCUUGGAGCAAUAGCUGCUGAGCCUGGGGAAGUGCCUGACUGUAAUUGUUCUUUUUUUAUUUCAUUUUUAUUGCUUUUUUUUUUUCCCCACACACACAAACACAUCCCACCCACACCACAAGCGCGUGGCCGUGUGCGCACAAGGCUCAGUCUGCAGAGAGGAACUGUUUUUUGGGUAGAGUUUUUGACAUCAAUGUGCAACCUCUCUAUGCAGCAGUUACCAAAAGCACACUGAGUGAUUGUGGCAUUCCAACAUCAGACUUUGCCUGGAUUGAAAACCUUAGUCUUGUGCCAUCCUCUAGGUCUUUUUUUGCUGCCUAAUAGCAAUCAAGCCUUGUUCUAUUGCAUUUUGUGCCAGUGUGUGAAUGACUUAGUAAGAAUUCCUCAGCCUUGUCCAGCUUGCAGAGUUUGAGAGGACCAGAGCUGGAGGGUGACAGGCUCUGCUAGGAUUCUUACUCGGGCAGCUUGAGGAUAGCUCUUGGAGGGAGCAGCAGUUCUGUCUCUCCUGUUUAUGCAUUCCCCUGAGGCACACGCUGCUGUGUCCCUCCUUGGAGGAGUAUGGGAUCCUCUUUGGAAGACUUGCACACAUCCUUGCUGCAGGGUGCCUGUGGUCGUUAUGUCAGCAGUGGUUAAUUGUUGGCAGUGGUUAAUUGGUGGCAGUGGCUGCUGCAGAACCCAGAGAGCCCUGCCCUGGCUGCACUUGGUGCAGCAGGAGAUGAGGAGAGAGGCAGCAGCACUAGCUGGAAGGCAGAGUGGAAGUAGUUCUGGAUUCUGGAUGCCACCUGAAUCUCCACUGAGCAGGAGGAGAUGAAGCCUUUGCACAUAGGAGAGCUUUAUUUUGCAGGAGCUGAGGCAAGUCAAGGUGCUGAAGGGCUGCUGCCAGCCUGGGAGAAAGAAAUGCAUUGGCAAGGCAGGGAGAGAGAGAGUGGGAAGCAGGAGGUGUGACCCACGUCUGGACGUGUGUCAGUCAGCCAUCACUGAUGCUUCUGUUUCAAUUCCAACAAGUAGCAUUGGGUCCAAAUUCUCUGGAUCGACCAGAUUGCCCCCUUGAAGGCUGCCAGUAGAAAAAAGACUAAACGAGCUGCACUGUUGAAGGGGGCUGUUGAUAUUUUGUCUCUUUUGUAGACAGAGCACUACAUCAGUGUUUUGCACAACGUUGUAAGAGUAAAUCUAACUGUCUGAGAUGCUUAAGAUGCUUUGAUCUAGAACACUAAACUAUGGAGGGACAUAAUUUUGAAUAAUUCUGUUGAUAGGUCCCUCAUUUUCCAGAGUAGCUGAGCGAAGCCUCUGUGUGCUCAGAGCACUACAGAGCAAAGCAAGCUCUGCUCCAGGUGAUUACAGAGCUCAAGUUGGAACAGUAGCCAUGGGACCAACAGUUGAAGAGCCAGUCUGAGUGGUGAUGCUGAGGGAAACAUAGCAUCUCUUUAGACUAGCCAUGCUCUGGACUGCAUUUAAACCCUUGGGAGGAAUGAGGAGGGAUUCCCAUGUGUCAGACAGCUUUGCAUCAAUUUUACUGCUUUUUUUUUUUUUUUUUUUCUUCUUUAUGCCAAAAUGAUCCAGUUUGUAGAAAUUGUCUUAUAAAGAGGAAUUUAUAAUCAUCUUCAUGUAUUCUAAGUGCUGUUCCUCUGAAGCAGAUGGCAGCACCAACCUCUUCUGCUUCUGUGAUCCUUUUGUAAAUGGUUCACACUACAGCUGUUGCCAGCAAUGAGCCUGGCACUGAGAUACACAGGUUCUUGGAAAAUAACUUCCCAGAAGUUUCUCUUUUCCAAGGUGAAUGAUGGUGGUACUUCCACUUGAAUCAGAAACUUUUUUCGUCUUGUUUUGUACCUUCCCCUUUCUUGAAGAGCUGCUGCCCUGGCACAGGAGGAGGGAUCAUGGCAUCUGUCUCUUGCAGAGUGACUCUGCAUGGUGGCAGGCAACUGUGGGAGGCUGUGGGCACAAGGAUUUAGGGAAUGUGCUGUACCUUGUGGGGCACCUGCUUGGGGUGGCUGUGGGCCUGAGAAGUGGCUCAGGGGAGGGAGGGUGCUCAGCUGAGUACUGAAACCUCCUCCUGGACUGGGGUAGGAACGGGUCAGACCUGUACACGUCACCUGGAGUUGUCUGUGACUGUAUCAUGUGUGAGAAGAUACCAGUGUUAGCACGUGCUUUCCUUAGUGAGCAGCUGCUUGUGUGCCUCCAGCUUGGCCAGUGAAGUGUUCCUGCAGAACUGGCUCCUGUCUCUGUUGGCUGGCAAAUGCCUGCCCUAGCAAAAGUGCCAAACCUUAAAACCAAAUUUGCCUGUAUCAACCUUGCUGAAAGUGAAACCUGUCAGAAUUCUCUGCAGGUUGAGUGACUUUCAGAAGAGAGGUAAAAUUGGGUUGUUGCAGGGAAUCCAGAGUCUGAGGAGUUGCUCUCCUUGCUAACCUCUGCUCCUUGUGCACUUUUUAAUCUUUGUUCUGUUGAAGAAACCAACCUACUUGGAACUAGUUUGAAACUUGAAGUCAGUGAGCAGAGGACCAUCCCUUUUCCUUGCACCAUUCCAUGUGGAUUGGCUAUCUGGUGAGCAAAAGCCCCUUCCAGCUGCAGCGUGUCAGCUCCUGCCCUUCCUGCCUCCCCCUUCUCCUCGAGUUGGAUUCUUUGGUCUCUUGUUGUUGCUUCCUAGCAAUGUUGGCCUUGCGUUCAACUAUGGUUUUUCUUCAUGUGUUUUAUUGGUUUAAAAAAAAAAAAAAAAAGACAAAAAAAUAAUUUAAAAAAAACAACAACAAAAAAAAACCAAAACAAAAAGGCAAAAAAAAAAUUACUUCCGGAGUGUGCUGACCAUUGUAUUGUCCUGUACAGAGCCCAGGUCGUUAGAGUCCAGCAGAGAUAAAGUGUGUUAUGCAGCACCCAGUUUUUUAAGAGUAUGGUUUGUGCCAAUGCCCCUUCUUUAGUAGUGCCAGAGACUCUUUACAAGUGCCAAUGUGGUGGAAAUUAUUUGGUUAUACUUGUAUAUUAUAGGAUCCUGAUUUAAGACAAUUUAAACAUUAUCCUAUUUAAAAAGAAUACUAUAUAAAAUGCUGUUUUUAAACCUUGUCAUUUGCAAUGCAUGUAUUGUUGUGCGUGUUGGGGGGCGGGGAGGGAAGAGGGUAGGGUAAAGGAGUUUCUGAAUAAGAUGCCCAGUGUCAGGAUCUAUUCAGACUCCAAACUGUCUCAUUCCAGUCCAGGAGUGUGAUUGUUUCUUGGAAUGAUCCCACUCUGACUGCUGGGCAACACGCUUAUUACAGAAAUAUCUGAUGGAAAUUGAUUUUCAUAUCUUUCUCCUGAAAUAAACUCUCUGUUUGAAAUUGGAAUAAAUUUUGUUCCUAAAAGCCG